AUGAAAUGUCCUCUGUUCAAAGAUAUGAUAGGAUUCUUGGCCCAUGGUGAAGUCGAAACCAGACGGCUGCCGCCGGUUUUGAGCACAGCGGCUGAUGUUCCAUCAUCCUCGAAGUCCUUGUUUGGAACCUCAGCAUCCGCUUCGCGAAUAGCAAAGACAGAAUCGUCGACAACUCCUGAAGACAGGGAAUCCCCUGACAUCCCUUCAUCAUCGAAAGAGACGAUUGUUCGAUCACCUGAAGAUGAACAAAUCAGGCUAAGGAGACUGAAGAGGUUCGCAGAUGCUGGGAGUAGUUCUGAAGAUCGCUAG